AUGACGCGCGAUAUCCGCGCUCAGGCGCUGCUGAAGAUUGCCUCGCUCUCCGCGGGAAGCUCGUCACCAGCCGAUCGUUCGGACCUGGACAGACUUUGCCGCGCAUGUCAUGCCACGGGCAAGGCAAGGGAUUAUUCCCAUAGCGGUAAAACCGCGACCUCACUUGGCAAAGUACCCAUGUCCAUUCGCGAAUUCGAGGUUCUCCUAGCAUUGUGCAAGACAGCGCCCAACAUCCAAAACGCUCAAAUUCUAUCAUCGCCGUAUGCGGACCCCGACGAUGUCCAACUCGACGAAGCUAUUCGCACCGUGACCAUUGUUGUUGCAUUGCUUGGGUUUAUGGAUGCCGCGUCCGCACAGGCUGACUUCUGGAGGUCUAAUGGGCGACUGGCUCUUGUGCAAAAAGUGCGACAUAUCUUGUCCGAGCGCUUCCUAGUAGCUGUGAACGCCGCCCUGUCCACAAUUCGCAAUUCGCACAGCCAUGAGAGAGAGGUGCGAGAAUGGAGACGCCUUAUUCGCCAUUACUCGCACUUGGACCGGCCCUUGGGCGCCAUGCUUCUGCAACGCAGCUUCAUGUCUCUUCUGGCAACAAGCACCUCGCUUCUGGUCGCCAACACUGCCGAGCUCCAGUAUACGCACAUCCUGGAUGUUUUGAUGUCGCGCGGUAGCAAAAUCUUCCAGGAAUUUCCCCCGAACACUGAAGACGACCUGGCCUCGGUGGAAGUGUUCGCAGCUUUCACCAUCGAGCAAAUGGCCCAUUUGGAAAAUAACGAGGAUUACCUACGAAUGAGCAGCCCUUCUGAGCAGCGUCUCGCGUAUGCCUCCAAGGCCGCAGCGCUGGUUUCAUUCCUGAAUUGUUCUCUCCUGAAUGAGGAGGUUGCCGACGUGGACACGCUGCUAGCCUGGCUGCAAGAAUCCUUGGGGGAGCCAGAGCAAGUGGACGACCACCUUCUGGCAUCCGUCGUGGUUCGAUCACUGGCCAUUAUCUGCCACAUUUCCCCAUCCUUUACGCCGACAAUUAGUCGACUGUUGCCAAAAUUCUUGGUCCAGAGUGCCCCCCCCAGUGAAACCGUCGCUGUCGCCUCAAAAUCGCUUGCGUAUGUUUUGAAGUCUCUAUCGAAGGACGCGGUCAUUAGCACUCUAUACUCGCUUGGCAACAUUUUGAGUCCCGAAGCAGAGGCGAGCCUGUCCAAUGGUCAAAUUAAUGGGACUGCUGGAGGCGAUGCCAAUCUUGGCCCAAUGUAUGCCAAUCGCCAAUCUGUCGGCAGCACCAUCUCCUUUGCAGGGUUCGGCGAGGACGGGAGCAUCAUGGCGUAUGAGAACGUUGUUCACGCUAUUUGCUGCAUUGCCGAGACUUGUCAAGACGAUAAGAUCACCGCAUUGGCUCAGUCAAUGCUUGUACAGAAGUACAACAAGGUCAAUCCUGGCGCCGAUGUUCACAUUAUGUCUGGUGCAGCGAUCCUGGCGUUGAAUGGGGGCCAGCUGGAAUUCAAAUCACUGCUCAAGUGGUAUACGCGAACGUGUCACGAGAGCAUCGCUGAGAACAAGGAGUACCUGAAGGCCGCGGUACUGAAGGCGCGCACGUACAUAUCGGCCAACGUCAGCCGCAAUUCGCCGCUGUUUGACAUUUAUUGGGAGCAUUUGCUGGAAACAAUCAUCUCCUUCGGCGACGCAGGCUACCAUGGACACACGAAAGAGGCCGAUGUGCAGCUUGCCGCUGAGGAGAUUGCCGAGAUGCUGCCCCCUGUUGCAGUGUUCAUGUCUCGCAAUGAUUUCGCCGCUGAGCCCGUGGAAAACGACGAAACGGCGCAGAUGUUGCGCGAUGCCUGGUUCAACAUCGUCGUCCACGGGUUUACGACCGCCAGCGCUAUGGGCAACUUUUAUAUCGAAGAUCUUCGUACCAUUGCGGUGCACUCCCCACCAUUGGUCGCUGAGAAGCGUAGCGAGCAGCUGGAGAGUGACAUUGAGCUCAACACGGUGCUCAGACGCGGAAACAGCAGCGAGCGCGAGGCUGCCCAGAAGAAGCAGCUGUGCGAACUGAUUCCCGCCAAGGCCGGAGACAUUAGGGGUCUGAGCUACCGAAAGGUCAUCUUUCUACAGUCGGCGUAUUUGGUCGAGAGCCUUCGCACAGAUGUUGGUGAUUGCACGAAAGUGCUGUCGUACUUCUUGGAGCCCAGCAUGCGCAAGGGUGACGUGAGCAGCGCCAUGGAGGGAAUCGCUUCCACGGUGGUUGACAGAUUCGUCAGGAAGACACUCAACGGCACGGACCCCCUGUUCUCUGCGCAGUACGCGGCAAAGCAGCUCAUGGAAAUCUUCCGAGGUUGCUGCCAUCGCAUCGAACGCGUCCAACAAGCUGCGCUGCUGUGUGCUGAUCGAAUCAUUCACGACAUCCCUUCAGCUUUAUGCAGCCGCACAUCCCUCUUUGCACUCCUCGAAUUGCUGUCGUUGAUGUGGACUAGCUGCCUUGAGGCCGAGACCGAUCUAUAUGCGCCUCGCGCCGUGUUCAGGUCGCAGCUCGGCGGCGUCACGGUAGAGCUUUCCGACAACUACGAAUUCAGACGCCGGACACUGGACACCCUCAACAAGAAGGCUAAGAUCUGGGUUAACACAGCCAUCAAUCUAGCGCCUCUAGAUGUUAAGGGCCUGCUGCAGACCUAUCUCUCCGAGUUCAGCGACGACGGUGCCUACGGACAUGUUUCCCUCGGAAGAUCCUUCGCACUGGAACUCGGAUCUGUCAUUCCAUCGACAGAUCAGCGACUGCAGUCCUUGGGCAGGGUCGGCGACUGCGACAUUAACACUGCUUCGGAUCUCAUUGCUCAAUACACUACUCGCCAGGAAUACCGGUACGGGGAGACCUUGCCAGAUCGUGGUAACGAAUUGAUGAGCUUCAUGACCCACGGUCUUAGGCAGUCUAUCAGACCUCCUACCCUCGCUGAGAGCGCCAAUGCUUCCACCGCGCUUGCUCACGUCGAAGCUCGAAUCCUUAGUAAGAAGACGACCUCGCUAAACGAGAUCAGGGAUAUUUUGCGAAGGGCAGCCGCGCUUCUCUGCCGCAGCCAUGUGGACGAGUCCGCCGUGGCUCGCUAUCUCGUGAGCAUCCCAUUCUCCCUCUUCACCAAGCAGUCCAUGAAGCUGGGGGUGUCCUUGUGGCUUGGGGUCAUCAACGAGAACCCGCGCCUGGAGUCGAAGCUGGUGAAUGAGAUUGCGCAGCAGUGGGAGUUCUCCAUCACUCGUCGCGUUGGACUUUUCAAUCCUGUGCUGUCGCAUCCGGAUCCUUUCUUUCUGAAAGAGGAGUUUGCUCCCAGUGAGCUGGAGGCGCUGGCCAAGCGCAAGCAGCUUGUACACGACAUGCUGUCACCCCAUGCACGCCUAUUGCAGUUCUUUGCGAGCCACUUCAACGCCACGCGACUCGGCAGUAUCGACACACGGAGGAGUCUUCUACGCAUGCUAAACUUGACACUGGUUGCUCUGACCGAUGCGGCUCCCCACCCUAUGGCGAGAGAGCUACGUUUCCUUGUGAUCCUGUUCGGGCUCAGGGUCCUGCGCGCGAGUCCUAUGAUCGGAACUGAAGCUCAGUGGCGACUCAAAGACAAGAUUCUUUUGGCGGGUUUGAGCUGGUUCAAACAUUCACCCAAGUGGUCCUUUGGUAGCAACUUGCUUCAGCUGCGGACAGAGGUACGCCUCAUCACCGAUGUCCUCGCGGCAUUGAAGGUGGUGUCGUUCAUCGGGGCCAACCAUGUGGGUAGUAGCGAGUCUUUGCAACGCAAGGAGCAGCUCUUCCAACUUCUUCUUGAGAAUGAGCAGACUCGUCUGUGUGUCUGGAUCAGUCCUCUGUCUGCUUCCGCUUUCCACAUGCCCCAUCACUCACACAAGUCUGCUGCUGAAUCAGCUCUGGCUUCUCAGGUCCGCACUGCAUGGGGGCUUGACCCGGCUAUUGCGAUCGAACUAGCCACGCGGUACCAUUCGCCUCGCAUCCACAAAGAGAUCCGGUCUUUGCUUCUGGCGAACCCUGAGCGAGCCGUCGAUCUGCCAGAAGCAAUACCCCUCAUAUUUAAUGGCGGAUUGCCCAGUGAUGCUGCGCCAGCGCUAAAGUACAUGCUCUAUUGGGAACCGGUCAACCCGAUCACGGCCGUGUCCAUGUUCACGCCGGGGUACAAAGACCAUCCAUUCUUGGUUCAGUACGCCAUGCGUGCCUUGGAAUCCCACGAUGUCGGUGUGACGUUCUUCUACGUUCCGCAGAUUGUGCAGACCCUUCGUUACGAUCGCAUGGGCUAUGCCGAGCGCUACAUUCUGGAGACGGCGCAGUUUUCGCAGCUAUUCGCUCACCAAAUCAUUUGGAACAUGAAGGCCAACUCCUACAAGGACGACGACGCGCAGGUGCCCGAUGAGAUCAAAACUGACCUGGACCGCGUCAUGGGGAAGAUGGUGGACAGUUUCACUCCAUCUGACCGAACCUUUUACGAGCGUGAGUUUGCCUUCUUUGACGAAGUGACGGACAUUUCUGGCAAGCUCAAGCCGAUCCGUGAACGACCCAAGGACGAAAAGAAGCAGAAGAUUGAGGAGGAGCUCCGCAAAAUCCAGAUGGAUGUCGGUGUCUAUCUGCCCAGUAACCCCGAAGGCGUUGUCAUUGGGAUCGACCGCAAGUCGGGCAAACCUCUACAGAGCCAUGCCAAGUGUCCCUUUAUGGCGACCUUCCGCAUCAAGAAACCCAAGAACGGAGUGGAGGAGACCAACAACAUGCUCGCGGACAUCAACGACGCGCCUCAAGAAUCAGUAGAGAAUGGUCUGCCCGCCGAAACCACCAUAGAGGCCUGGCAGUCUGCGAUCUUUAAGGUCGGCGACGAUUGUCGGCAGGACGUUCUAGCCCUGCAGAUGAUCUCCGCCUUUAGGGGUAUCUUCCACAAUGUGGGCUUGGAUGUGUGGGUGUUCCCAUACCGCGUCACCGCCACUGGCCCUGGCUGUGGUGUCAUCGACGUGCUGCCCAACUCCAUCUCUCGCGAUAUGCUCGGCCGCGAGGCCGUCAACAAGUUGUACGACUACUUCGUUUCGAAAUACGGUAACGAGGAUUCGCUGCGCUUCCAGCAGGCGCGCAACAACUUUGUCAAGUCCAUGGCCGCCUACUCAGUCAUCUCCUUCCUCCUGCAGUUCAAGGAUCGCCACAAUGGCAACAUUAUGAUUGACGAUGGCGGUCACAUCAUCCACAUUGAUUUUGGCUUCUGCUUCGACAUUGCCCCCGGAGGCAUCAAGUUUGAGCGAGCGCCGUUCAAGCUGACACAAGAAAUGCUGGCCGUCAUGGGCGGCUCCACGGACCACCAGAGCUUCAAGUGGUUCGAGGAGCUGUGUGUUAAGGCCUUCCUCGCCAGCCGCCAGCACUGCGAGAAGCUCUGUCAAAUGGUGUCGCUCAUGAUAGACAGCGGCCUGCCCUGCUUCAAGCCGGAGAGUCUCAAGAACUUCCGGGACAGGUUUGUCCUGGAGAAGAGCGAGCGCGAGGCGGCGGAUUUCAUGAGGGAUCUCAUCAAGAAGAGCGCCUCGAGCUACAGCACGGGUGUGUACGACCAAUUUCAGCUUCUUACCAACGGCAUCCCCUACUAG